GGAUAAGCCAACGAGUUCGUGCUUCGACCUCUCUAUCGUAACCUCGUAUGCUGGCCCUUGUGGUUUAAAAUCGUCGCUUGGAGGGAAGACGCACACUGGCCCGCUGUCCGUCUCCUCGCUCUCGCCGCCGCCGCUCACGUGUGCCUUGCAGGGUGAUCAUGGACGAGAACAUGGAGGAUGAUGCGGCUGUCGUUGUUGCUACCGCAGGGACCAAGCGAACCGCUGAUGCCGCCCCUCCGUCUCCGCCUCCACAAUCAGCCGCGGCGCCCAGGCGUAUCCAGCCUCUGUCCCAGGAUGUAGUCAACAAGAUAGCUGCCGGCGAAAUCAUCGUGGCACCGGUCCACGCGCUGAAGGAGCUGAUCGAGAAUGCUGUGGAUGCUGGCUCAACGGCCCUCGAGAUCUUAGUGAAAGACGGCGGCCUCAAGCUCCUCCAGAUCACUGAUAAUGGCCACGGUAUCCAUAGAGAUGAUUUGCCUCUUCUGUGCGAGAGAUUUACCACUUCCAAGCUGAAGACGUUCGAUGAUCUAACCUCCAUCGGCACGUACGGAUUCAGGGGCGAAGCCUUGGCAAGCAUCAGCCACAUAGCCCAUCUAACUGUAACCACGAGGACACAGGAGUCUUCAUGUGCCUGGAGAGCUCACUACGCAGACGGCAAGCUGGUUUCCCCCAAGCCUGGGCAGAGUGCCGAACCGAAACCGACGGCAGGACGCCAAGGCACACAGAUCACGGUCGAAGAUCUCUUCUACAACGUGCCGACCCGAAGGAGAGCCUUCAGGUCAGCGAGCGAAGAGUACGCCAAGAUCUUGGAUCUCAUUGGUCGCUAUGGUGUACACUGCCAAGGUGUAGCGUUUUCGUGCAAAAAACACGGCGACACCAGUAUGGGCAGCUCCAUUCAAUCAUCUGCGAGCACUAUCGACCGUAUCCGACAAUUUCAUGGCAGCGCUGUCGCUAACGAGCUUGUGGAAGUCAAGGCUGAGAGCCAAAGAUGGGGUUUCAAAGCCGAAGGCUACGUGAGCAACGCCAACUAUAGCGUCAAACGGACCACCAUCUUACUGUUCAUCAACCAUCGCUCUGUGGAAUCUACGUCCAUGAAGAAGGCCUUAGAGCAGACGUAUUCUUCUUUUUUGCCCAAGGGCGGUCACCCCUUUGUCUACCUUAGUUUAGACAUCGAGCCACAUCGCCUUGACGUCAAUGUUCACCCGACCAAGCGAGAGGUCAACUUUCUGCACGAGGAAGAAAUCAUCGAAAUAAUAUGCGACCAGAUUAGAGAGUGCCUCGGUAAAGUGGAUACUAGCCGCACCUUCAUGACGCAAAGCCUGCUGCCAGGCGGAAAGAGUCUGAUGACCAAGAUUGGCCUGUCCGAAAAACCGUCGGACAUGCCACCAUCGCUUGCAACACGAAAUACCGAUGCUAGUUCACGGCAACCGUUGGGAAAAUCUUCAUACCAGAGACCGUACGAAAAUAACCUUGUGCGCACUGAUUCUAAGGCUCGUAAAAUCACCUCGAUGCUUCAUUUGACGCAUCAGGAAUCAUCAGAUAGCGUAUCCGCGCAGAAUGAUGGCAUACGGAUACAAUACGAAUAUGCGGACAAAGAGGCAACAUCGAUCCGUCUAACUACGAUCAAAGAGCUACGCUCAGAGGUACGUGAGCAUAUGCAUGGCGAGCUUACGGAUGUCUUCAGCACCCACACAUUCGUCGGCAUAGUCGACGAACAACGACGCUUGGCCGCCAUUCAGAGCGGCGUCAAGCUGUUCCUAGUCGACUACGGCAUGUUGUGCAACGAGUACUUCUACCAAGUUGGUUUGACAGACUUUGGCAAUUUCGGAAUUAUACGAUUCGAGCCGCCGUUAGAUCUAAAAGAGCUGCUCCACCUUGCCGCAGCUCAAGAGGCGAAGAAGAGCGAGGCGAACGGCAAGCUCGACUGGGACGACGUUGUGACAGUGGUGAGCAACCAGCUCAUCAAUCGCCGCGACAUGCUGGAGGAAUACUUCGCGCUUGAAAUUUCCGACGAUGGCCAAUUGCUCUCAAUACCGCUCUUGAUUAAGGACUACCAGCCGUCAAUGGCCAAGCUGCCCAACUUCCUGCUGCGGCUGGGACCCCACGUCAAUUGGACGGAAGAAAAGCCAUGCUUUCACUCGUUCCUCAAAGAACUUGCAAGCUACUACGUGCCCGAGUCCUUGCCUCCUCCCCCUUCUUCAACUGCGUCCGACGAGGAGGCAAUGGAGGUGGACGAAGAACAAGAAUUAGCUGCGAGAAGGAAGCAUAUCAACUACGCCUUAGAGAAUGUCCUCUUCCCGGCCUUCAAAGCUCGGCUUAUUGCUACCAAGGGGCUGCUCAAGGGCGUCGUCGAAGUUGCGAAUCUGAAAGGGCUGUAUCGGGUGUUUGAACGAUGCUGAGGCUCGACCCACGGCGACGUGACAAAUUUCGCACUCUUUAUUGGAAGUCCAAAGCGCCGGCGCGGGAUGUCGGUUUGCGAGCAUAACUAAUAGGAGCAUCAGCUGAUCGAUGUCAUUGAUCGACAAAUUUUGGCAAGUUCUGCCUCGCUGAUCACAGUGAGAAGAGCGACAAUGUGCAGCUCCGGCAGCUUAUUCAUAUCAAGCAUUCGUAGUUGGAUCCAGCGGAGAGCUAUUCACAGCCUCUUUCGUCGCGGCACUCCUUCAGGAAUAACUGCCCACGCGCAACACGCUACAAGCAGACAAGAGGCUUCAAAGAUCCCAUCUUUGCUUCGACCUCGUCUUCUGGGCGGUCAUUUGGGUUAUCUUUGAGUGCAGCUGCAGCGGAUGGCAUUCGCCACGGAGCCAUCGUGCAGGAAGUCCACGCUGCAACGAGCCGCGAAAGCGACCCUACGUUAUCAGUCACCCCCAAGCAGGCGAUGGUCGCUUGGAUAGGGAGAGGGACAAAGAAAGAAGAAAGGGAUCCUUCGUCCCGCGCAAUCUUUCACAGCCACCAUCAAGAACACCGGCAAGCAGCGCGCAUGCGUGUCUCAUACACAGGCUGGCCUUGAAUGGUUAAUUCCAUUAGACGAUUCAAUAUCCGUCCCGCACGCUUGAGCAAACGAUCCUCGCAAUCUUCCAGCCGGCAACCCCUCUUCCGUCCUCGCCAACAACACCACCCACCACCACCUCAAAUUAACAAACAAGGACAAGCAAAACACGUGCCUUCUCAAUCUCCACCGCGCUAUCGCUUUGGCGGCACUCACGCCCAAUCCUAAAACAAGGAACCGCGCUCUUUUUUGAUCUUUCUUUUUUUUUUUUCUGGUCCGCUUUUCUCUCUCCCUUUUCUCCUUUGGACCAAAAGAGAAAGAGGUCC